GUCUUCUCUGGCAGCAACACCCCCCCUCCAAGGAUAUGCCUUCAAGCCCCCUCCGAGACCCGACUUCGGGACCUCUGGAAGAACAAUCAAAUUACAAGCCAAUUUCUUCGAAAUGGACAUUCCCAAAAUCGACAUCUACCACUAUGAAUUGGACAUCAAGCCUGAGAAAUGCCCACGCAGAGUCAACAGGUAUUCUCUCAGACCCCGCGCACAGCCUGGGAAGCCAGAUACCUGUGGAGACAAGCGCCUGUGCCCUCCUGCCACAGAACCGUGGCAGCCCACUGGGACGUGCCUGACCAUGUGUGAUCUGCACCCACAGGUGGAGCUGGAGGUCACCCUGCCUGGGGAAGGCAAGGACCGCAUCUUCAAGGUGUCCAUCAAGUGGGUGUCCUGCGUGAGCCUGCAGGCGUUACACGAUGCACUUUCAGGGCGGCUAUCCAGCGUGCCCUUCGAAACGAUCCAGGCCCUGGACGUGGUCAUGCGGCACCUGCCGUCCAUGAGGUACACCCCUGUGGGCCGCUCCUUCUUUACCGCCUCCGAGGGCUGUUCCAACCCCCUGGGUGGGGGCCGAGAGGUCUGGUUUGGCUUCCACCAGUCCGUCCGACCCUCGCUUUGGAAAAUGAUGCUGAAUAUUGACGUCUCUGCAACGGCCUUUUAUAAGGCACAGCCUGUGAUCGAGUUCGUUUGUGAAGUUCUGGAUUUUAAAAGUAUUGAAGAACAACAAAAAACUCUGACAGAUUCCCAAAGGGUCAAGUUUACCAAAGAAAUCAAAGGUCUAAAGGUGGAGAUAACGCACUGUGGCCAGAUGAAAAGGAAGUACCGAGUCUGCAACGUGACCCGGCGGCCUGCCAGCCACCAAACGUUCCCGCUGCAGCAGGAGAGCGGCCAGACCGUGGAGUGCACGGUGGCCCAGUACUUCAAGGACAGGCACAAGCUGGUGCUGCGCUACCCCCACCUCCCAUGUUUACAAGUUGGGCAGGAGCAGAAACACACCUACCUUCCUCUGGAGGUCUGCAACAUAGUGGCUGGACAGAGGUGCAUCAAGAAACUUACUGACAAUCAAACCUCAACCAUGAUCAGAGCGACGGCCAGGUCUGCGCCCGACCGCCAGGAAGAGAUCAGCAAACUGAUGCGAAGCGCCAGUUUCAACACAGAUCCCUACGUGCGUGAAUUCGGCAUCAUGGUCAAAGAUGAGAUGACAGACGUGACCGGGCGGGUCCUCCAGCCACCCUCCAUCCUCUACGGGGGCAGGAACAAGGCGAUUGCCACCCCUGUGCAGGGUGUCUGGGACAUGCGGAACAAGCAGUUUCACACGGGCAUCGAGAUCAAGGUGUGGGCCAUCGCCUGCUUUGCCCCCCAGCGCCAAUGCACUGAAGUCCACCUGAAGUCCUUCACAGAGCAGCUGCGCAAGAUCUCCAGGGACGCCGGGAUGCCCAUCCAGGGCCAGCCGUGUUUCUGCAAGUACGCCCAGGGCGCCGACAGUGUGGAGCCCAUGUUCCGCCACCUCAAGAACACCUACGCCGGCCUGCAGCUGGUCGUGGUCAUCCUGCCGGGAAAGACCCCUGUCUAUGCUGAAGUGAAGCGUGUGGGUGACACCGUGCUGGGGAUGGCCACGCAGUGUGUGCAGAUGAAGAACGUGCAGCGGACCACCCCGCAGACCCUGUCCAACCUCUGCCUGAAGAUCAACGUCAAGCUGGGAGGGGUGAACAACAUCCUGCUGCCCCAGGGCAGGCCUCCAGUCUUCCAGCAGCCGGUCAUCUUCCUGGGUGCCGACGUCACCCACCCGCCCGCUGGAGACGGGAAGAAGCCUUCAAUCGCUGCUGUCGUGGGCAGCAUGGAUGCCCACCCCAACCGCUACUGUGCCACCGUGCGUGUGCAGCAGCACCGGCAGGAGAUCAUCCAGGACCUGGCAGCCAUGGUGCGCGAGCUGCUCAUCCAGUUCUACAAGUCCACGCGCUUCAAGCCCACACGCAUCAUCUUCUACCGAGACGGCGUCUCCGAGGGCCAGUUCCAGCAGGUCCUGCACCACGAGCUGCUGGCCAUCCGAGAGGCCUGCAUCAAGCUGGAGAAGGACUACCAGCCGGGGAUCACCUUCAUCGUGGUCCAGAAACGCCACCACACCCGCCUCUUCUGCACCGACAAGAACGAGCGGGUCGGGAAGAGUGGAAACAUCCCAGCAGGCACCACUGUGGACACAAAGAUCACCCACCCAACCGAGUUUGAUUUCUACCUGUGCAGCCACGCCGGCAUCCAGGGCACAAGCCGGCCCUCCCACUACCACGUCCUGUGGGACGACAACCGGUUCUCCUCCGACGAGCUGCAGGUCCUCACCUACCAGCUGUGCCACACCUACGUGCGCUGCACGCGCUCCGUGUCCAUCCCUGCGCCUGCCUACUAUGCCCAUCUGGUGGCCUUCCGGGCCAGGUACCACCUGGUGGACAAGGAGCAUGACAGUGCGGAAGGAAGCCAUACCUCUGGGCAGAGCAACGGCCGAGACCACCAGGCCCUGGCCAAGGCCGUGCAGGUCCACCAGGACACGCUGCGCACCAUGUACUUCGCCUGACGUGUCCGAGUGCUUGCGACGGCAUACCGAGUUGGAUUCACACGAGACCAGCUACACUCAGACCAACAGCCCAGCCCCCCGAGACAGCCAGCCUUGGACCAUGAGACGCCCCUGCGUUCCCAGACUCCCACGGCCCAGGAGGCCUUUCGUCCCAGAUUUCAAACUCGGAUUUUGAACUGCAGACCUGUAUGAGACCCCCACCCCCCGCCCGCCACCUUCCCCCCAGUGUUGUAGGAAAUAGGGUUUGCCAAAAUCUAUAAGCUGCUUAUUAAAAAUAGAAGUCCGUGUUUCCUAAAAGAAAAAGGGAAAAGGUAGUUCUCCUAAAACCAAUCGACAAACUCAGGGCUUUACAACAUUUUUAAUGUAUCUGGUCGUUCAAGUUAACAUGUCUUUUGACCCGUGGCCCUCCAUGAACGCGGGUGGACUCCAACGAGCUGUGAGGACCCCCAAGAUGAGAACAACACAGAGCUCCUCCUGCCCCACCCUCCACCCCGUGUCGUCACUGCGGUGGGUGUCACAGUGACCCUGGUGGGGUCCCGGGAGGGCACUGUGCCCGGGGUGGGGGGUGGGGGGGGUGGCGACCGCA